GCGCCACCGUGUGAUUGACGCUUGAAAUGGAGCGACGCCGCUAGACCCAGGGUUUUUCGUUUGUCUCGUCUGGAUCGUUGCCCUGGGAGUUGGCAUUAGCACUCUGCGCUCGAGUUUGUUGUGUUGUUUUUGCUUGUGGGUGGAGUUGGUCGCAUUUGUGUCAUUGAUUUUUGUCUUAUUUUGGAGGAUUUCUUGGCGUGGCUGCGAGGAAAAAUAGACCGAUUGCACGAGUUGUUCGGAUGACAGGAUUUUUGGUGGUGUCUCUCGUUUGGUUCAGCGGGCGCGGGUGGUCGCCUUGGGUUUUCUGAGAUCUGGUGUUCCUCUCUGUUGUGGGUCGGGGUUUCUGGGCGGUGAAGUGUUUCUGGAAUUUGGAAUUCGAAUUCGUGGUGGCGGGAGCGCAGCUGACGUUUGCCGGGGUUUCUGGUGGACAAUUUUUACAGAGCAGAUCCAUUGAUGGUUGCAAAGUUGAACAUCUUACGAGUCGUCCUUCACUGUAUUCCUCCAUGAAGGCCCAGCAUCAACAGCAUAUAUUUAUUCGCAACGUCGGAUUUCACGAAUGUUGGGUCCAACGUGAUCAAUGCGAGCAAUAGCCUUGAUCUCCUCCUCUCCUCACUCGUACUUUGUUGUUCUGCUUCUGCUCAACAUUCUGAAGUUUUUUCUGCGUGCUAGGGCUUGAGAGCUCAGCCCAGCACCACCAUGUCAAACAGAGUGUCUUGCAAGAUGCAGAAGGCCCUCCAUAAGCUCCAGAAGAGCAUUUCAAGUUCCAGUCUGAGUUACCAGAGCAUGCACCACCAUAGUGAUGUCAAAUCUCCUCCGAAGAUGGGAGGUUCUCUCAGGAAUGGAUGUGCCUUCGGAAGGUCUGGUCAGUUCGCAGUCAGUGAUCUCAGUGAUCGUGAUUCUGACAGCGAGGACUGGGCUCCUGAUGAUGUGCCUGAAGGCUAUCUUGUGGUGUAUGUGGGCGAGGGGCGGCGUCGAUUUGUCAUAAAAGCGAAGUAUUUGAGUCACACUGUUUUCAAAGCUUUGCUCAACAAGUCGGCGGAGGAGUUCGGGUACGAGCACAAGAGAGGAUUGGAGAUUGCAUGUGAAGUGGACUUCUUCGAGCAUCUGUUGUGCCUCGUCGAAACCAACAAUCCUUCUUUCUUCAGCACGGAGAUCGAUGAGCUUGUUGGCGUUUACGCCUACUCUCACUGCAUAGAUGCUUAAUGCUUGAUUCAGUUCGGCUUUCAGAGUUGUGGCAAUCUUUGAAAAGCUGUGACAAGUUUUGUAUCUUAUUUAUCAAAGAUAACGAAAAAAAAAUUAUAUUUGUAUUCAGCUUAGGUUAAACACUUGUUCUCUUUAGAACCUUCGGAUUCAACCCACUUGGGUACGGGUUUGACUGUACAUGGCGUGAAGUUCUCAAACGUUAUCCUUUUUAACAUUUUCUGUACAUAUUUGAUUCUUGGACUUUCAAUAGCACCUCAGGAUUUAUAGAU